AUGUCACCCCAUGAAGCCUUGUUUGGUAUUAAACCUCCAAUUCAUAUACCUUACAUCCCUGGUGACACUGCAAUUGCUGCAGUUGAAGACAUCCACGGAGACAGGGAACAUAUGAUUCAACAUCUUAAAAUGAAUCUGCAGGCAACCAGAAAUUGCAUGAAGCAAAUGGUUGACAAGCAUCGAUGUGACAGGGAAUUCAGUGUGGGAGAUAAGGUGUUGGUUAAACUACAUCCUUUUGCUCAACAUUCUUUGAAGAACCAUCGUAACAGGAAACUCUCACCCAAAUAUUUUGGACCUUUUGAGGUUCUACAAAGGAUUGGCAAAGUUGCUUACAAGCUUGCACUUUCUCGUGAAGCUCAAAUGCACCACACCUUCCACGUGUCCUUGUUGAAGCAAGCUCAUGGAUCCAACCUGCAAGUUAUUCCUCUACCUUAA